GAGGUCUCUUACCUACAAAAUGGAGAAGAUGGAAAAUCUAAUGAUAUCUUACCAUCCACAAUUGCUCUUCCGCGUUGUGAUGUGGACGAUCAACUUCUAGAGGCCGUGCGAAACGCCGCCGUUGGUUUGGCUGUUCCGGUCGCUGAACUAGUCAAUUCUUUGGCAUCCGAUUGGCUAAAGCCAAUAUGUGUUCAGCUUGAAGAGGCUGCCAAAGCGGCCUGUUCUGCUGGAAAUGCUGUAGUGAGAAAGACAGAGGAUCAAAUGAGGCAAGCGAUACAAGAAGCGAAUUCUUUGAAGGUAUCGUUAUAA